GAGCGGGUGAGUCCUGGGUCCCGGACUCUUUAGAGGCGGAAGCGCACCGGGAGAGUCAUGCUUCGUGGGACACUCUGGUUGUUGCUGCUGAUGCCACUGCGCCCCCCGGGCACGCAGGGCCACCGUGGUGCCAAAAGCCCGGGGCAGGAGGCGGAAGAGCCCGACCCUUGGCCGGGCGUCCAACGCCUGCGGGAGCAGCUGAGGACGGUCGGGGCCCUCUCCAGACGGUACUGGACGCUCUUCAGCUGCUCCGUGUGGCCCGAUCACUGCGAGGACCAGGAGGCCCCCGCGCCGCCGCUGGGCUGGAGCCUUCCUCUGUGGGGCCGGCGGUCCCUGGAUAAGCUCACCGAGUGGUUCUGCCGCUUUCAAGACUGCUGCACCGGUGGCGGGGACUGCAGGAUCUCCAACAACUUGACAGGCUUAGAAUCGGACCUGCAUGUACGGCUGCAUGGCCAGCAUCUGGCUAGCAAGCUGGUCCUACAAGCAGUGAGGGGCUACUUGGAGACACCCCGAGUAGACAAGGCCCUGGCUCUGUCGUUCCACGGCUGGUCCGGCACAGGCAAGAACUUCGUGGCCCGGAUGCUGGCGGAGAACCUGUACCGGGAUGGCCUGAGGAGCGACUGUGUGAGGAUGCUCAUCUCCACCUUCCACUUCCCACACCCCAAGUUCGUGGCCGCCUACAAGGAGGAGCUCCGGUGGCAGAUGCAGGAGACGCGGCGGCGCUGCCAGCAGAGCAUGUUCAUCUUUGACGAAGCGGAGAAGCUGCACCCGGAGCUGCUGGAGCUGCUUGGACCGUACCUGGAACCCAGGGUCCCCGAGGCCCAGGGCGCGAAGGCGCCACGAGCCAUCUUCCUCUUUCUCAGUAACCUCGCGGGCAGUGUCAUCAAUGAGGUGGUCCUGGGUUUGCUUAAGGCUGGAUGGUCCAGGGAGGAAAUUACGAUGCAGCACUUGGAGACUCCCCUUCAAGCCGAGAUCAUGGAGUCUGCAGACAGCAGCUUUGGCUCCAGCCGUCUUGUGAAGGAAAACCUUAUUGACUUCUUCGUGCCCUUCCUGCCAUUGGAGUACCGCCACGUGCGGCUGUGUGUCCGAGACGCCUUCCUGAGCCAGGACCUCCCGUACACGGAAGAGGCCCUGGAUGAAAUCGCCAAGAUGAUGACGUAUGUCCCUGAGGAGGAGCGGCUUUUCUCCUCCCAGGGCUGCAAAUCCAUUUCCCAGAGAAUCAACCUCUUCCUGCCUUGAGAGGGCUCACUGUGCUUCCUGGAGCUGUCUUCCCUCCCCAGAGACCCUGAAUGUUCCAGGCACGCUGGUGUCCAGCACCACUGCUUUAGCUAGUACAGGAGGCAGACCCUAACAGAGGCAGUCAGUUCUUAAAACCACUUGGUGCCUUAAAGACUUGCAUUCUAGACGUGUGUAAUGUAGGCCCGGAAGUCAGAAAGCCAUCAGGAAGUCCCAAGUACCAGAGGGUCCCGGAUCCCUCCCUGCAGUCUCUUGGCACCAUACCUCUUCCCAGAAGGCAGGUGGACUUGGAGUAGGAGUCUGAGGCUGCAGGAUUCUUGGACUACAGAACACGGAAGGAUGGAAGAUCUUGGCUCAACAGGACUGUGCUCCAUCCAGGUCUGAAGGCGUGGGCUGGCUUUCUAGAGGAAGAGGGGUCAGCUUGUGUGUGUGAGCCGAUCAGCAAAGGGCCUGAGGCUAAAGGGAAAACCACAUGCUUUCAAACCACGCCAGUGACAGGGGUGUGGAACAUACUUGUGAUCCCAGCACUGAGGAGGCUAAUACAGGAGAGAGCUCAAGA